UAUUUGAAUGAUUCGGCCACAGUCAUCCGAGAAAGAAAAAUCUUUAGCGGGCUAUAGAUUGAAAGCAUCUCUAUCUGCUGUCCCGAAAAGGCAUGUGGAUAGAGAUGGUUCUUGGUUUUGAACUCCGGACUAGAUCCAAUGACCAUUUUUAAAACCUUUGAUCACAUUUUUUUUACUGACUUCUUCAACCCUUUCUUCUCUUUCAACUUAUCGAAUGUACUGCGAACCAUACGUCGACGGUAUACCAUACGUACGAUGGAUACAUUUGGUAUUCGGCGAUUGUGUGUACGGUUGGCAAGAAUCUCUCAGCGUUUUACUCGGCUAUCUUUCAAUAUUGUGCUGGCUCAACGCUCAAAUGCCUCAGGUUGUCGAAAACUACAAACUGCGAUCCGCAGAGUCUCUGAGCUUCUCAUUCCUAUCAGUUUGGCUUACAGGCGACUUUGCUAAUCUCAUUGGUUGCAUCGUCUUGGAUCAACUUCCAUUUCAAAUAUAUCUUUCCAUUUACUUUAUCUUGGUGGAUACCGUAUUAUGUCUUCAAUGGAUAUGGUAUGUGCGGCUCGGGAAAGGCAUCCCAUUACCAGCUACCGCCGAGUCCGACGUUAAGGAUUUGGAUGGACCUCGUGAGCCACAGGUCAUUGACGUUCCCAGACCAUCGUCGUCACUUUCGGAAACGUCAGGCCUUAUUCCGUAUUCGCAAUCAGCAUCGCCCAGCAAAUGGUACACUCUUGCUCCGGCCACCAAAGACAAAUCGUCAGUCGUGUUGUUUGCCCUAUUCUUUCUUGUCAUGCAAACUCCCACCUCCACCCUUACUUCCAACUCCACACUAUCCGCAUUAUCAUCCCCUUCAACCUCAGACGACUCGACUCUUUGGAUGGGACGGUUCUUCGCUUGGCUGUGCACCUGUUUGUAUCUUUCCAGCCGCAUUCCACAAAUCCUCAAAAAUUACAAGCGGCGGUCGGUGCAAGGUCUCUCCAUCGCCUUGUUUUUGUUUGCCGCAUGCGGUAAUCUCACUUAUACACUCAGCAUUUUCACCAAUCCCCACAGCACUCGCGAAAGUUUGAUGGAAGCCAUACCCUAUAUCCUUGGAAGUGCUGGCACACUCCUGUUCGACAUGACCAUUUUCGCGCAAUAUGUGAUGUACAACUGGAUACAUCCGAAGACCACAGUGGCUAUAGAGUAAUCGGAUCCGGGACAUAGUGUCGUCAUUAGAUCGGAUGAUGUGCCUUUUUCUCCCUUUCUUGUACAGCGUGUAUAUACCCUUUUGUUUGUCAUUGACCUGUAGAUACAUUAUACGAACCUAUCGAAGCCAAUGUUGUCGAACAUUGAUGCGAGGUGAUGAGAUGGGUGAUACCAUCAUUUAGAGACAACAACAACAAUUAAAUAAACAU